AUGAUGGAGGGCAGUCCGUCGGAGGUACACGUACACAGCAGCAUGGCGAUGGGGCUGCAGGAGAGACCGCCGCUGGAGCUGGUUUCGCACGCCUCUGAAGUGUCCUGCCUCACCAUCAAUGACAACUACGACAUGUGGAAUGCGUCCAUGUACCCCAACCUCAACAGCGGCUUCGAUGCUAGUCUCACGAGCGCCACCACUCCCGAUACUACCGUUGCCCGGUUUGCGCCAGCAAUGCGUCCGCAUCGGAAACAACAGCUCUCGCACCAGAUGAUGCCGCUUCCUGCGCGCGGUGAGCAGACGAUGAGUGACAUUGACUCGGAAGUCGUUCUCUGGGAUCGACCACCAACACAGGAUGUGCUCGGUUCACCCGCUGCCUCAGGCUUGUAG